UUCGUUCAGUGACAGUCCCCGAUGUGAUUCUAAAAUAACCACUAUACCUAACUAUGGUAGCGAAGACGAUUCUGACAAAGAGGAAGAAGAGGUUACCCCACCGUUCGUGGUGCCCCGGGUGGCAAGAAUGUUUAUGGAUGAAGAAGAUGUGGAAGUUGAAGAAACUUGCGAUAACGUUACUUUGGAGUGGCUUCCUCAAUCGCCUCAGCCAUCCAAUUGUGUCUCAACGGCUGCCUCACCGACGCCUAUUUUGCCGUCUCCCAUCGAGCCAAGCAACAAAUUUCAAUUUGAAUGGAGAGCGAUUUCAAUGCCUCAAAUUGAACCUCAUUUGAGGCGAGAACCGUUCUCGCAAAUUAGUGGCCCUACAGUUUCUUUCACGAAACCAUAUGAAGCUUUUAUUUCCAUAUGGGAUAAUGAAAUAAUGGAAGUAAUCGUUAGGGAAACUAACAUUUAUGCACUGCAGGUGACAACGGCUAUGUUAGAGAAUGGGAACCUCUAUCCUCAUAGCCGAAUUACUCAUUGGCGAGAUACAAAUGUAAACGAACUUUACGUGUAUUUUGCCAUGGUUUUGGCUAUGGGAAUGGUGAUCAAAAACCGGAUAUACGAGUACUGGAACAGCUCUAGAGACAUCUUCAGUACUCCUGGCUUCAGCACGGAGAUGUCAUAUGACAGAUUCGUGCUCCUGUCAAAAUGCCUGCAUUUUAAUAAUAAUAAAAAUCUUAACUCUGCAAUGUUGACAGGAUCCCAGGCUAAACUUUUUAAAAUUAAACCUAUAAUAGACCACCUUAAUUGCAAGUUUUCAAAAUUAUAUAAUCUAUCUCAAAAUGUGGCUCUCGAUGAGAGCCUGACCAUGUGGAAGGGCUGGCUUGAUAUAAACCAGUUCAUCCCUAACAAGGCAGCAACAGUUGGGAUAAAAACAUAUGAAGUGUGUGAAUCCCAGACCGGUUAUUUGUGGCGUUUUGAAGUACAUGCAGGCCAGGACACCUUGGCACUUCAAGAAGAUGAUCCAGUCUCAGGGGGAGUACCAGCUCUCGUGCUCAGACUUUUAAAUGGUCUUGAGCAUAAAGGGCACACAAUAUGGAUGGACAAUUACUACAACUCUCCAUCACUGGCACGGGAACUGAAAGUCCGGGGAUUUGACUGCGUGGGAACCCUCCGGACAAACCGAAAAUUCGUACCAUCUGAAUUUCAAAAGAUUACAAAAAACGACAUGAUUGUCGGUCAAGUGUUGGGCUGCACCUCGGGAGAUGUGGAUAUUAUGGUGUGGAGGGAUAGAAACCGCGUGGCUUUAAUUUCAACAUACCAUGGUCUCGUAACUACCAGGUGUGGCGAUACAUUUAAGCCGACUGUCGUGCAAGAUUACAAUGCUAAUAUGGGCGGAGUAGACCGUAAGGACCAGUUACUCGCAAUGUACCCCAUAGAAAGAAGAAAGACUACAGUGUGGUACAAAAAAUUUUUUAGAAGGCUCUUAAACGUUAGUGUCCUAAACUCCUAUAUUUUACUGAAAGAUAAGUCAUUGGCACACCGGAAUUUCCGGAAGGCGUUAAUAACUGAGUUGUUGGCAGUACACAAAAAACCUAAGCCUACGAUCAUCUCAACAAAAUCUCAAGUACAUUGCCCAGCACCGUACCCUUUUGUCAAGAGCGGAAAGUCAGACCGCCUUAGACGCAAAUGCGCCGUCUGCCCGAAACGGUCUGCCACGUACUGCAAAGCUUGCAAUGUGGCAAUGUGUAUUUAUACUUGCUAUGAGACAUACCACACUUUACACUGAAACUUUACAGAUCAUUGCCACUUAUUGAUAUACACACAUGCGCACGCACACACACAGGGUAUUUGGGCACUAGUGUUAGAGAUACUUAUAAAAAAUUAUAAAGCUGGUGAGUUGUUAUUACCAUCCAUAUUGUUGUGAAGUACUAAAUGAAAAUGCUGCAUUAUGUGUUCUACACUUUUUUUGUGUAUGUAGGCUUAUAAUAUGGCGGUAGUUACCAGGGUCAUGUCACCAAUGCAACUCGCAGUCAUUAGAAAUGGCACAUAAAUUAAGUGCCCCAUUGCAUUGUUAUGGGUUGGGGUUAUUGUGUUUCUUAUUUUUAUUUAUGUAUGAUCUUUUAACAGUGUGGUAUCUGGGUUCAAUUAGUUGUAAGUUACCUAGUUGAUGCUACUUUCUUUUAUAAAACAUUUAUUUUUGUGUCUUCCAUCACGAAAUUAUUAAAACAAUUGUUUAUUUAACUUAAUAAUAAUAAGUAAUAUAUUUUUUUAAAUAGUGUAUAACUGAUAAGGUUUUAUAUAUAUUACAAUAAUAAUGCCAAGCCCUUUUAUUUAUGGUUUUACAAUCUUAGGUGGCAUAUAAUAUUACACUAAGCAAUGACUUUUAUUAGUAAGUUAGUUAAAUGAUGUUAGUAAUAUAAGUACGUGUAUUAAAAUAAUUAUAAAUUAACAAGAAAUACCGGUUUGGGUCCUUUACCCAAUCCAAUUCAAUCCAUCCAAUCCUUUACCCAAUUAUGGUCGAUACUAUCGAUGUAGUAGACACAUAUAUCAGUAUCGAGUAACCUUUACCUACCUAUUAUCGGACUUAAUCUAUUAUUUAUAAUCGAUGAGAAAAGUUAGUAUAUAUUUGAUAGGAAACUAAUUGGUCUAUAAUUGUUGAUAUCUUUUGGAACGCCUUUUUUAUAUAUGAGUAUAAUAUCUGCUUCAGACCGUUCUAAGGGUGUUUCAGAACUUAAAAAUAUGUAAUUAAACAGUUAGGUUAACGGUUCUGCCAGAAUCUGAUGACCAUAUUUUAGUGAUUCGUUUGUGAUGUUGUCAGAACCCGGACUUUUUUCAAAUUUCAGUUUCUUUAUUGAGUUUAUUACUUCGGUUUCGUGUAUUGGUUGUAUAGAGUGGCAGUCUACGGUUUCUGGUUCAAUUUUAUUAGUGAAUAUUCGUGUUUUGUCUCUGUAGAGUUUCUUGUAUAAUUCAGUUGCUGUACCAACAAUAUCCGUUGGUUUAUAUAGGUAUUUAUUAAGGGUUUUCAACCCUUCUAUCCAAGAACGGUUUGUUCUAUUCUAAGUUCUUUGUAUGCUCUUUUUUGCUGCUCCAGAGCUGGAGAUUUUUCUCUAAUGUUUCUUGUCUAUAUUUUGCAGUCUCUCUUGAUAUAUUUAUUAAGCCGUUUGUACAGUGCGGAAACUUCUUUUUUAUUUAACUUAUCAAUAAAACAUCAUAUUGAUUAUAAAAAAAAGCGCUGAAAUAGCCUCUCAAGGCUAUCAGCCUAGGUGGAAAAAAAAAGCAGCAUUAUAUUAUGUUCAUUUUCCACUAUGUUUAUGAACAUCGUUUUUUAUAUUUUUCUUACAAAUAUCUAGCUUCUUUCAUUAGAAAGAAUGCCCAUUUUUAUUUAAGAUUUACAUGGAAAUGUAAAUCUUAAAUAAAUAAUUAUUAUAACAUUUGUAAACACAUAUUCUGCAAAAUUUUAAAUUAUAAGAGACAUUGUUUUUGUACUAAUCUUGAGUCUCAUAUUUGAUACAUUCAUACUCAAGAUCUGUAGAAUAUAACAACGUGCCAUUGUUUAAUAUAGAUUGACGAUAUGUUUAAAUUAUUGUAAAACAAAUACUCUUUAUCCUUGACGUCAAGAAUGUAUUAAAAACAAAUUAAAUAUGAUAGCCACUUAAGUGACAUUUGAAGAGGGUAUUUUUUUAAAUCCAUAGUUUAAAGUUUAAUAAGUGCAGUAUGAAAAAUUGUAUUAGAACUUAAGCCAUUUGGUUUUUAUUUUAUGAAAUACUUAAUAUUGUACGAAAAACAUAUUAUAAUUUUACAUCCACCAAGAUCUUCAUUUUUUAUUCAUUGGAAAACAAAAAAUAAGUUUUAGGUAACCCAUGUUAUUUCUCAUAGAACAGUUGCAAUGCAAUUCAAAGUCAAUUGUAGUGUAAGAAAUUACACAACGAAAUCUAAUUGGAUUUUUUUAUAAUUACAUUUAGAUUUAACGAAAAUUAGGUAUUUCUAAACCGUAUUUUUAAUGUAGUCAUGUAUAGGUACCGUAAAACUACAAACAAAUAUGACAUGAUACUGGGGAGUGGUUUUCAAAAUAAAACAAUUCAUAUGACUCCUCGGAUUCCCUUCGCGUUAAGUUUGCAUUUUUAAACAUUGAAACGUUUGACGUCUCAAGUCAUUUAAUUUUCUUUGUACUUGACUUUGUAUUUGAAAUAGUAAAACAAAUUUAUUUUAUGACUAUUCCUGAUGUUAUUAUUAUAAAUUGAAGACUGUUUUACAAUAAAUUA